UGGCGGUGAUAAAAACGCCUGAUAAGCCAGCGAGAGCAGUUCUCAUCCGGCAUUAGAUCUUAGCUCAUCAUGUUCGCCGCUCGCUUAGUUUCACCUUUUCUUGUGGUUGCCACAGUUUCGCUGGUGCUCCUUAUGGUCACCAUGGCCCCCGUCUCCGCUGGAAAGCAGCGCCAACGAGCGGCCAAUUGUCCAACCAUCAAGUUGAAACGCCAAUGGGGCGGUAAACCAUCGCUGGGCCUCCAUUACCAAAUCCGUCCUAUUCGCUAUGUGGUAAUCCAUCACACAGUCACCAGCGAGUGCAGCGGAUUGCUCAAGUGCGCCGAGAUUCUCCAGAACAUGCAGAGCUAUCAUCAAAACGAGUUGGAUUACAAUGAUAUCAGUUACAACUUCCUGAUUGGCAGUGAUGGCGUUGUUUACGAGGGCACCGGCUGGGGAUUGCGAGGAGCUCACACCUAUGGCUAUAAUGGCAAUGGCACGGGCAUUGCCUUUAUCGGUAACUUUGUGGAUAAGCUUCCAACGGCUGCAGCUCUGCAAGCGUGCAAAAAUCUUCUUGCCUGCGGAGUCCAGCAAGGGGAAUUAAGUGAAGAUUAUGCCUUGAUCGCUGGCUCUCAGGUGAUCAGCACCCAGAGUCCCGGACUAACACUAUAUAACGAGAUUCAGGAGUGGCCGCAUUGGCUCUCAAAUCCAUAAACAACCGCUACACAAAAUUGUAAUACUUGUCGAUAGCCGCUUAGAAAAGAAAACAAACUUACAGUUACAAAAGUGUUAUCGCGUUUUCGAUUUAUCGAUUUACAGUGCAACGAUUUUAGCUAUAGUUUUAAUCCAUAAAAAUAAGAUAUGCGGAGAUAAUUCAAAUUAUUAAUUAAAUAAAUAAACUUUGUGCUGU